UAUUUGUUCACCUAUAGAUUCUCCUUGCAUAUUCCAUCACUUUUACCACUAACAUUGAUAAUAAUAAUAAUAAUUCAAACAAAUAGUUUCCAACAAGAAACUAAGAUGAGCCAACAAGAUAAGGAAGUGGUGAAAGGAGUAGUGGAAUGGAAGAUCAAACUAGGAGAUGAUGAUCAUGAUAACCACUCAUUAGCGUUAUCAUCAUUAUUGUUAUUACCAUCAGUGAUGGUGGCUUGUAUUUGGGGAGCCAUGGUAGGGGUGAGUAUGAAGGUUUGCAAGUUUGUGAAGAAAGCAUGGCAAAUGGGUUUGGAUGACCCUAGAAAAUUCAUCCAUGGAUUGAAAGUUGGGGUGGCACUUUCAGCAGUUUCAUUUUUUUACUACAUAAAGCCUUUAUAUGAUGGAGUUGGUGGAAAUUCUAUGUGGGCAGUCAUGACAGUUGUGGUAGUUUUUGAAUACACAGCAGGGGCAACCAUUUGUAAAGUUAUAAAUAGAAUAUGUGGGACAUCACUUGCUGGGUUUCUAGCCAUUGGGGUUCACUGGUUAGCAGAUAGAGCUGGAGAACAAGGGGGGCCUAUGAUUGCUGGCGUCUCUCUCUUCCUCUGUGCUUCUGCAACAACAUUCUCGAGAUUCAUUCCGAGCAUAAAGGCUCGUUUUGACUAUGGGUGCUUAAUAUUCAUAUUGACAUUCAGUUUGGUUGCGGUGUCGGGUUAUAGAGUUGAGAAGUUGUUGGAUUUGGCACAACAGAGAGUUUCAACAGUUAUAAUUGGGACAUGCCUUUGUAUAAUAGUGAGCAUGACCAUUUGCCCCAUUUGGGCUGGUCAAGAGCUUCAUCUUUUGGUUAUUAAGAAUCUUGACAAGCUCGCCAAUUCCCUACAAGGUAAUGUAGAUGAGUACUUCAAUAAUAAUCAACAGGAAGGAGCGAGUGACGAGGAGUGUAGAACGAAGCUAAUUGGUUACAAGUGUGUCCUAAGUUCCAAAGCAACAGAAGAAACUAUGGCAAAUUUAGCAAGAUGGGAGCCUGCACAUGGGCGGUUCAACUUCCGUCACCCAUGGAAGCAGUAUGUUAAAGUAGGGGCCUCCAUGCGCACUUGUGCUUCCUGCUUAGAUGCUCUUAUUGCCUGCAUUAAUUCACAUAAUCAGGCUCCAGAUCACAUAAAGAACAAGAUUAGCGGCAUCUCAGUGAAACUGGGAUCCAAAUGUGCCAACGUCAUAAAAGAGGUAGCAACAACAAUGAGGAACAUGACAAAAUCAUCCAAAGUUGACAUGUUAAUUAUGGAGAUGAACGAUGCAGCACAAGAACUGAGGGACUUGUUGAAUAAUUCACAUUCAAACAAUCUAUUGAUUAUCCCACAAAAACCAUCAACAACAACAAACGAAGAAGAUGAAGAAGUAGUGGGUUCAGUAGUUGAAUUGAAUAUGAUGAUGAUACCAGCAGUGAUGGAAAUAAUUCAGGUGGUAACUGUGGCUUCAUUGCUCAUUGAAACUGUGUCGCGUGUGGAAGACAUUGUGAAAGCCGUUGAUGAACUAUCAAAUUUGGCUAAAUUCAAAGAACCCAAGUGUGUCAAAGACAAUAAGAUCCACCCAACCAAGCAGCAGAAUCAUCAUGAUGAUGUUCACGAAGCAGCCAAUAAUAAUGAUAAUAAAACGCUCCAAAUGGUCUGAAAAUCGAAAACUUCAAUGGUAUUAUAUAUAUGUAGAAGGUCUAGCUGUGUACAUUCUUUGGUACAUGAUAGAUUGCAUGUUACAUAUAUAAAAAUUCAUAUUAUGAAA